AUAAAAUAUGGUUCAUUUAAUUCUACUUAUUCAGUUUAGUAGUAAUCCAAAAAGUAAGCAUUAUUAUGAUUUUGAAUCAAUUCCGGAUGCAGUGAAACAUAUUUGCACAUUAUAUGAAGAGAAGCUUAAGAAAAUCAAUCAAAAAGUUCCGUAUAUAACAUAUGACAUUAUGAAUUUAUAUCAGUAUGUUGAUGAGUUGCAAGAUUGUUCAAUGUUAGUCGACCGUGGUGAUGGACGAAAUUAUAUUGCUUACCCUAAACUAUGGGUUAAACAAAAGAUCUUUCAUAUUUUAAGGCAUGAAGUUCCAGAAUAAAUGACUCAUUGCUCUAUUGCUGUUGUGUUUAAAAGAAAAGUUUCGGUGAAUAAAGUUAAUUUGGGCAUUAAAGUUCAUGUUCUCUGGAAUUCAC